CUGCAUUCUUGUAGUGUGGCUUCACCUGCUGCUGCUGCUUCUUGAUCAUCAACUUUGGUGCGCACUUGAUUCAGUGAUCUAUUACAAUGGAAUCUGGAAAUCCAAUUACAGAAAAAGAAUCAGGCUUGGAAAAGAUGAAUGAAAAGGCAAACAAGCCUCCAGGGAGUGAUGACAAGAUUGCAAAUGAAGUCGACUUUGAACGGCACAGGCCACUCUUCGACGCUGGCAGACAUGGUAAUUGGGAGAUGGCUAAGACGAAUCUUGACCAACAUCCUGAUGCAGUGAGAGCGAGAAUCGAUGUUUCGGGCAAUACUCUACUUCACGUCGCAGUGAGUGCUGGACAUUUGCACAUUGUGAAGGAGUUGGUGCAAUUAUUGACUGAAGAAGACCUAAUGAUGCGACAGAAGGAUGGUUUCACAGUUCUUACAUUUGCCAUAGUAAUCGGAAACAUUUCCAUCGUUAAAUACUUGAUUAGAGAGAACAAGAAACUAGUUCGCAUUUUUCCUACUUAUCCUGACAUUCCAAUCAGCGUUGCUGUCACCUUAGGCUUUCAAGAAAUGGCGCGUUAUCUUUAUUCUGAAACACCAGGAGAAGAUCUAACGUUGCCAGAGAAUGGCAUGAUAAGCUCUUCCCUCAUUUCUGAAUGCAUAUACCGAAAACAAUUUGAUAUCCCCAUCCAUUUGCUCGGGCGUUGCCCAGGUCUGGCAAUUACUGUGGAUAAUUUUGACAGACUCCCCGUGCUGUCAUUAGCAAGUUCUGCAACCAAAUCCGUCUUUGCUACUAGAAGCCAGUUAAGAUUUUGGCAACGAUGGGUAUAUGAUGGCAUAAACAUUGGCAGUGAUGCAGCUAAUCAAAUUUCUAUGGAUGUCCAGAAUCUGGAAGAUAGCCAAAUGGAUAAAAAUGACUUGACUCCAAUUAGGUCAGUACUGGUGGGUCUAUUGGCACGAAUGCCAUCAAAUCUUCUCCAAUUUUUAGAUGUCAAGGAUAUAUACGAAAAAAAGUUGGCCCAUGUUCAAUACCUUCAACUCUUGAGUAUCAUGCGCAAAGCAAUAGAAACUAGUUGUGAUGGAAAUCAAAUAAACAAUGUUGGAGUCCUUAGCGCUAUCGGGGAAGCAAUCCACCGCGGAAAUGUGGAGUUUAUUAUUAACAUAACAAAAGCGAAUCCAGAACUUAUGUGGAGUACAAGUGUAGCAAGAUACGUGUUUAUGUUAGCUAUUGAACAUCGUCAAGCGGAAGUUUUUAGCCUUAUACAUGGCCUCCCUGAUAAACAACUGAUAGCAUGCUAUUAUGAUCCGGACACUCGCGAUAACUUGUUACACAAGGCAGCAUCAAUACCGUCUUCGAAAAUACUCAAUCUCAUCCCAGGAGGCGCAGCUCUACAAAUGCAGAGGGAACUACAAUGGUUCAAGGAGGUUGGGUCAAUCGUAACACCUGCGCAACACAUAUUUACAAACAAGGACUUUCUUCGACCAGAACAACUGUUUACAGAAAACCACAAGGAUUUGGUAAUCGCAGGAGAAAAAUGGAUGAAGGACACAUCAAGUUCUUGUUCUGUUGUGGGUGCUCUAAUUGUUACCAUCACAUUUGCUGCGGCAUUCACAGUUCCUGGUGGUAACGAUCAAAAUAUGGGCUUUCCUAUAUUCAGGAACAAACAAUUGUUCAAGGUUUUCUUUAUAUCAGAUGCAAUCUCACUGUUUGCGUCAACAACAUCAGUUUUAAUGUUCCUAGGAAUCCUCACAUCACGUUAUGCAGAAGAAGAUUUCUUGAAAUCCUUGCCAACAAAGAUGAUAAUAGGCCUCUCCACCCUGUUUUUCUCAAUAGCAACCAUGAUGAUAGCAUUUUGUGCUGCAGUUUCCGUUAUGCUUCCAGAGACAUGGAUUGUUCUUCUCGUCUGCUUACUUGCAAGUGUUCCGAUUGCCUCAUUUAUAAGGAUACAGUUUCAUCUGUUAGUUGAUAUCUUCAUGUCUACUUAUGGACCAAGUAUUUUUAAGAGGAACAUUAAACCUUGGUUAGAUAGCAAACGCCAAUAAGAUGAAGGUUUGUAUUUAUAUACAUGUGUGUGUGUGAUGUAUUCUUGGUACUCCAGAUUCUAGAGACAAUUACUGAAUUGUCAAGUUAUCAACCGAAUUUGAGUGGAUGUAUUCGGAAAUCAAAUAUGUAUGACUGGAUUUUAUUUCUGGACGUAUUGAAGUACAGUUCUUUUCAAGUACUUCU